CCCGUUUCCGUUCACCAUAAAAACAACAGCAGUGUUUACGUGAGCAAACUUGGCGUUUAGAGCCUGCUGAGACUAUCGUAUCCUCCAGAAACUGCUGGAAAACACAGUACUUAAUAUUCUAGCUUCAAAUCCGAAGUUAGACAUGAAGACAUACAGAGAGCUAUGGAGAGUAAACUCUCUGUUUUGAGCGACACUGAGGAGCUUCCAACGCUAAUAUCUGACCCUGAAAACUAUUUCCUCUUCGAAAGGUCUAAGACACUGUUUGAAGAAAUCCGUGCCUCCAUCAACAACAAUGAUGAAGAGGAUCGCUCCUUCUGGAGACCUGUGCUCCCAUGGGGUGGCGUUUUCACCAUCAGAGCAGGAAGGAAGGCCAUAUCAUGUACCCCUCUGUAUGUUAAAAUCAACCUAAAGAACACCUGCACCAUUGAUGGCUUCCUCAUGAUCCUGUAUGUGAUCCUGCGGGACAACCAGGGCUUUUCCAGGGAGCUGGCUGUCUUCCUGGGAAAGCACUUCGUGGACUAUUUCCUCCACCUGAUGGACUCUUGUGACUACACCACAGUCAAGAUGCUGUGGAUUUGGGACAGGAUGUCUAAAAGACAGUACCGCUCUCAGGUCCGCAAGGCAGCUCUGGAGAUUGACUUGUUUGGGAACGAGCAUGAGAACUUCACAGAGAACCUGGAGAACCUCAUGUCUACUAUACAGGAGAGUCUGUGCACCAACUGGAGCUGCCCGGCCCGCUUCCAGGAGUUAAUCAAGACAACCAUCAACAUCAGUCCUCCUCAAGAGCUGCCUCACAGAGACCCUAUUCAGAUGGCUGUGGAUCAAUACUUCUGCCCUAAGCUUGUACUCUGCUCAGAACUGGGGUGUGGUGGUCUAAGAGAGUUCUCACAAAGAGUUUUCUGCCAUGGGCCUCCUCCCUUUGUCAUUCUCAACAUGCAGCAGUGGAAGUCAGAGGAACUGUCCUAUGUUCCUUACCAUCUGGCUCUCUGUCAGCACAGGUACCUGCUAGAGGGCGCCACACUCUUCAACAAAGAGGAGCAUCACUACUCCGCAGCCUUCCAGAUGGAUGGCUGCUGGAUGCACUAUGAUGGCCUGAGGAGUGACAAUUUGAUCCUGCUGCACAAGCCACCAGAGCUCCUGCUGCUGUCCUCUUUGGUCUACAUCCGCGCCUCGGACAAGUGAACUCGUCUUAUCCCAGCAGGAUUCGCGCUGAAUACAAGUCGUAAACAUUCCUCCACCCUUGCUGUGGACAUUUUUGUGACCCUAUGGAGGGCCUUUUAUUACUGUAGCCACGUUUUCUUAUUCCUGCAUUGCAUUAUUUCUUAAAGUUACUGUCAAGUAUUGCCUCUUCUGUUAAGAGUAUGGAAUGAUCAUUGAUCAAAUUUACCUGAACUCUUGCAGGAAGCACAAAACACACAAAAAAAAGAGUACUUUUAGGCAUGCUUGGAAUCCAAGAAAGUAACGGGCUGUACUAUUUCUGGGUUGGUGUGCGUAAAUACAAAUUCCAAUUUCAGUUACCUUGUGAAUGGGGAUUAAAAAUGCCACAGUUGAUGAUUAGAUUACAUCUUGGUGUAUUUGAUUUUGGGAAUCUUUGUACAGGGAACUGUUUGACCAAAUUUCCAUAAUUUUGACAGUUGAAUAACACAUUCAUGCACAUCAGGCUCUUUCCUUAAAUUUAAAGUGCCACUUUUUUUGUCAACUCUGAGGUCUUAAACUAAAGAACUACCGAGCCAAGCUGAGGGCUUUGUCAGGGUAAUGUCUUAUUUUUUUAGUUUGGUGGCAAGCACUUAAUGUGGUGACUGAAUGUUCAGUUCUUCCUGAAUACAAACAGCUUAGGGCUGUCUGUAAUCUCCUUCCUGAUACUAUAAUCUGAAGUAUUAGUUUAUGGCAGCAUGUCACAAAAAUCUAAAACAACUAUCUUUAAUAUAUGAAUAUUGUUGAAGUCCCAAUUUGAAUGAAUUUCCUUGAAAUGCACAUGUAUGUGAUUCUUGUUUAGUUUUCAGGGUUCACCUUGUUCACACAGUGCCUCAGCAAAGAACGUUUGCACAAAGUAAUCAUGUUGUUUUUUCUACCUUUACGCCUAAAAUGCAAAUACAGUAUUUUGGAUUUCAUUU